CGAGCCAAUCGGAGCGCUCGGGACCGGUGCAUAGACACAGCGAAUCGAACCCAGAGAAACAUAUUCGAUGAGCGAGAAAAGUAAUCGAUGAUCAAAAAAGAAUCCCAGCGGUGAAACUUUCCUGUUGUUUGGUCAUCGACUAACUUAAAAAUUGCUUUGAAAGAUGGAAGUCGAGGGCGAGGGCGAGUGGGGGGGGAGGGGUCCAGACGUGACUAAUGGAGUGUGAGUAGCGGAUUUGGAGCCGGCGAUCCUCAAGGCCCAGGGAUUGAAUUUGGAGCCGGAGAUCCCACCCCCGCUGCCCACGGCGCCCCCCCCCCCCCCUCCCCCCAGCUCGGCUGAGCGAUGAGGGUGAAGGUGAAGCGCUGGAACGCCAUCGCUACCUGGUUCUGGGUGGCGAACGAUGAGAAUUGCGGCAUCUGCCGGACGGCGUUUAACGGCUGCUGCCCGGACUGUAAAGUGCCAGGAGAUGACUGCCCAUUGGUGUGGGGUCAGUGCUCUCAUUGUUUCCAUAUGCACUGUAUCCUGAAAUGGCUGAACUCCCAGCAGGUACAGCAGCAUUGUCCCAUGUGUCGACAGGAGUGGAAAUUCAAGGAGUGAUGAGCAACUGGACAAAUUGAGUGAGGAAUCCAAAGGCUCUGAAUCAGACUUUGAACCAACUUUUUCUUUGGCUUCUCAAUGAUGAUUGCAAAAAAAACCUUAAACAUGUUACCAAGGAGAUUAACGUCUGUCAAAUAUAUUGUUUUUUUUUAUAAGUAUUACAUAAAAAGUGGUGCAAAACUAGAAUGACUGACCUACAUAAAAUAGUUGAAAUAUCAAGUGAACAGGCAGAUGCUAAACAUAAAACUAGCAUAAAAGGCCAAUGUGACAUCUUUGGCUACUUACUAUCUGACUUCAUGGGCUAUUGGUAAAUUAAAACUUUUUCAUAAGCAUUGCUAUGUAUUGUUUUUUAUCCUCAAAUCAUUGUAGAGGCUGAUGCAGUUCGACCAAUGGAGGUCUGUGGCUGUAUUUUUGAAGGUGUAUAGUUAUUUGUAUCUGCUGGGAAGGAAGAAAACUGUUACAGUACAGCUUUAGCAAAAUAUUUUGUAAUGGGGAAAUGAGGACUAAUUUUUCUUAAAAAAAAACUGACUUGGGCCAACAUUUUUUGGAAAUGCUAAAAUAUAGGAUGGACCUUUUUACAAGCUAUAAAAUUACUGAAUUGUCAUUGACUUUUGCAACACAGGCAAGGCUCUCUGACGUGUUCCCGCCUCCUUGCACUUUUCCUGGAGGUGAGCGCGGUGGUAAUACACUUGGUGCAAUAAGUUAAGCCAAUUAGUGAGGUAGUUAACAGGCAUUUGUGACCGGGCUACAAUCUUGCCAAUGUCAUAUAGAAUCUUCCUGUGUCCCCAUCCGUGUUAGUCAGAGGUGGAGCCUGUGUUACAUGUGAUUGAGAGUUAACUGAUAAUGACAGAAAAUGGCAAAACUGCUGUCUUCUCAUUUCAUAGCUGUACCAUUGACUGUGUAAUUUGUGGAAAUGGUAAUCACGAUGAACGUCAUUAUGUCUCAGUUGCACCCCUGAUGCGGAUGGUGGCUGCAGUGCUUUCCUGCCACCCUUGCUCCUUGGGUCUCAGCAGCACUCCCACUGAUCACAAAGUGGGGCUGCUGGCCUCCCUUGCAGUAGGUUUUGCUUCAGGCCUGUGUGAUUAUGACAUGGUAAGAACCAGAUUUGAUAUAGUUAACAUUUCAAAUGAUUCUGUAGGUGAUGGUCAGAACAGUUGAAAACUAAAUAUUUUUGCAGCACAAUAAUAAGUCUCCCACUAUUUACAAUGCAUGAUUUGCAACAAGGUUUGACGUUAGUAUGUGUUUCUGUUUCCCUGUAGGAUGUUAAUCGUAUCUGAUUUUAUCUCGUUUCAUUGAACUUUGCUAGUUGCUUAGUUUUUGAUUCAAGAAACAAGGUUUAAUAUGAUGACCUUCACCCUGGAGUUACUGCUUGAUCUAUGGGUUAUAGAAUUUCCAAGACUUGUCUGCCAUACUCAAUUGGCUGGUACAUUCUGCUUACGUAAAAAAAGGGAAAGCUGGUAGCAGCAAUGCAUUCUCUAAACAGGAUGCGCCCCCUUCCCUGACAAGAGUUUUGUUUAUCCUUGGGGAAAAUUAAGUUCUUGAUUGAUGCUUGCUGCCAAAUUUUGAAACUUGUACAGUUUAACUCCAGUCCAGUGUUCCUUAACAAAUCCUUACUCUAAAUAAGCAAGAGAGGAAACCUGAGCUUGAAGUACAAGUGAUUUCAAUGCAGUAACUUCAUAGUUGAGGCAUUUAUUCUCACAUAAGACCUGUUCUGUACACAGUUUAAUGUUGUAUAAAUUUGAGGUUAUGAAAUUUAUGCCUGAAAAUUGAGAGCUUUGUAUUGUCUGAAUGAAUAUUGUACUUUUAUAGUGAAAACUAUGAAUCUGAAUUAUUUCCUAUUUAAAUUGAGAAACAAUACAGUAGAAAUUUAUUUAAUUGGCAUCUUAUGGAGUACUUGACCUUUUAUGAUCAAGAUGAAACUUGAAACAAGUGUGAAAUUGUGUCCAAUUUGUUCUACAGUUCUGACGUAUUGAAGUACACUUGUAGAGUACUUGACCUCACUGAAAUUGUGUCCAAUUUGACAAUUCUCAUAUAUCAUAUUGAAGUGCACUUAAUUUUAUUUUUCUCACCAGUUUUAGUACCACUACACUUGGAAACUAUAUAUUUUUUAUUUUAGUGUCUUUAUAGUUUUAAUUUGAUUGCAUUUUAAGCUUUAUUGCUGUUCCGAUAAAACAAUCGUGUAUGGAAUGCAGCUUGUCCCCGUGAAUACAUUUAACCCUUCUGCUGGUACAAACUGCUAUGGGUGGCACCAAUGAAAUAUAAACUCUGAAAUAAUAGUGCACAGAACAUAUGGUGCAACUUAAUGCUGCCAGUAUUCACUUUGGCAAGAUUAAUUUUGCUGGUAAAAUAUAAAUGCUCAAUCAUAGCAAAAACUUUCAAAUUACAAUCUUUAUGCUCUGGAACAUUUGCUUUUUGUUUUAGAAAAAUUGUUCUUUAAAAUCAUUUUCCAUAGGUUUCUGCAUUUACCACAUUAAGAAUCUGAUUAGACUGGAAAAUAAUUAAUAUUUUGCUAAAAUAUUUUAAUGCUGAGUUUGGCAUUAAUACUUAGGAAAUGUUUGUAUAAUUGCACAACACAUUGAGCAGAAUGUAUGUUCAGCUAUUUUGAGUUUGGGGUAUGGAAAUACAUCAUCAAUUGAAUUAUACAAAUUAA